CUGUGCAGAGCAAAGACCAUUAAGAACACAGUGUGUGUCAAUGUGGAGCUCACUGCAGAGCAGUGGAAGAAAAAGUAUGAGAAGGAAAAAGAGAAAAACAAGACUCUGCGUAACACCAUUCAGUGGUUGGAAAAUGAACUCAACAGAUGGCGCAAUGGGGAGACUGUACCAGUUGAUGAACAGUUUGACAAGGAGAAGGCCAACUUGGAAGCUUUUGCAGUGGACAAGGAUAUUACUGUUAUUAAUGAUAAACCAGCUACCACCAUUGGAGUAACUGGCAAUUUCACUGAUGCCGAGAGAAGGAAAUGUGAGGAAGAAAUUGCCAAACUAUACAAACAACUGGAUGACAAGGAUGAAGAAAUUAAUCAGCAGAGCCAACUAGUAGAAAAACUGAAAACACAAAUGUUGGAUCAGGAAGAGCUUUUAGCAUCAACCAGACGGGACCAAGACAACCUGCAAGCAGAGCUGAAUCGUCUUCAGGCUGAAAAUGAUGCAUCUAAAGAGGAAGUGAAAGAGGUGUUACAAGCCCUUGAAGAAUUAGCUGUCAAUUAUGACCAGAAGUCUCAGGAAGUAGAAGAUAAGGCAAAGGAAUAUGAACUGCUUAGUGAUGAACUCAAUCAAAAAUCGGUCACUUUAGCCAGUAUAGAUGCAGAGCUUCAGAAACUUAAGGAAAUGACCAGCCAUCAGAAGAAACGAGCCACAGAGAUGAUGGCCUCCUUACUGAAAGACCUUGCAGAGAUAGGAAUUGCAGUAGGAAAUAAUGAUGUCAAGCAGCCUGAGGGAACUGGCAUGAUAGAUGAAGAAUUUACAGUUGCAAGACUGUACAUUAGCAAAAUGAAAUCAGAAGUAAAAACAAUGGUAAAACGUUGCAAACAGCUGGAAGGCACACAGGCUGAAAGCAACAAGAAGAUGGAAGAAAAUGAAAAGGAAUUGGCUGCCUGCCAGCUCCGUAUCUCACAGCAUGAAGCCAAGAUCAAGUCAUUGACUGAAUAUCUUCAGAAUGUGGAACAGAAGAAGAGGCAGCUGGAAGAAUCUGUGGAUUCCCUUAACGAAGAAUUAGUUCAACUCCGAGCACAGGAAAAAGUCCAUGAGAUGGAGAAAGAACAUUUAAAUAAGGUUCAAACUGCAAAUGAAGUCAAGCAAGCUGUGGAGCAGCAGAUUCAGAGCCAUCGUGAGACACAUCAGAAACAAAUCAGUAGCCUAAGAGAUGAAGUUGAUGCAAAGGAGAAGCUUAUCACUGAACUUCAAGACCAAAACCAGAAGAUGAUGCUUGAACAGGAACGUCUUAGAGUUGAGCAUGAGAAGUUGAAAGCGACUGAUCAGGAAAAGAGUAGAAAACUGCAUGAACUUACGGUUAUGCAGGACAGACGGGAACAGGCGAGACAAGAUUUGAAGGGUCUGGAAGAGACUGUGGCAAAAGAGCUUCAGACUCUUCAUAACCUUCGGAAGCUGUUUGUUCAGGACCUGGCUACUAGGGUGAAGAAGAGUGCUGAGAUCGACUCGGAUGACACAGGUGGCAGUGCUGCACAGAAACAGAAGAUUUCCUUCCUUGAGAAUAAUCUUGAACAGCUUACAAAGGUUCACAAGCAGCUGGUACGUGAUAAUGCUGAUCUUCGCUGUGAACUUCCUAAACUGGAGAAGAGACUUAGAGCUACAGCUGAAAGAGUUAAAGCUUUGGAGUCUGCCCUGAAGGAAGCCAAAGAGAAUGCUUCUCGGGAUCGCAAACGGUAUCAGCAAGAAGUGGAUCGUAUAAAGGAAGCUGUCAGAUCCAAGAACAUGGCCAGAAGAGGACAUUCUGCACAAAUUGCUAAGCCUAUCCGUCCUGGCCAGCAUCCAGCAGCUUCUCCAACUCAUCCAAGUGCAAUUCGUGGUGGAGGUGCAUUCACUCAGAACAGCCAGCCAGUUGCACUGCGUGGAGGGGGAGGACGGCAGGACAAAGUUUGCUGAAAGGUAAAUGCAGCGUGAGGAAGAUUGGAUAUUGUGUAGAGGGAGUCAUUCCAUGACAAUAAUCUCUCCCUUUGGGGACUGUAGGAUUAUUUUUUGAAAAUGUAUAAAUUAUACCUGGCCUGUACAGCUCUUCCCCCUUCUACAAAUUCUGCUAACUGAUUCCCAAAAACAAAACUAGAGUGCAAUUUUGGCGUCUUGAAAAAUGACAUGUUAAAGUGUAGCUCUGCUCAUUACACAGUUUGUCUUUCAUGUCUUAAAUUUAGUCUGCACUGUGCCAAGCUGAAUGUACGUUGAGAAAAAUCUUAGUUCCAAUUUUCUAGCUUAAUUUGUGUCCAUCUUCUUGUCUUAGGGAAUGUGCAACAGUGUUUAAGUAUACUUUCAUUUCUAGCACUUCACGUAACACUACAUGUCCCACUGAAUUAGGACGGCACUCUACAUCACACUUUUCUUUUGGAAUGCUGCAUAGAGCAUUGGAACUAAAUCUCUUUGUACAGUGUAAGAACACUGAAGUGCUUAGACAGCUGCCCCGAGGCACUGGGAUGGCUGCGCCACCGAAGCGAACGUUGGCUACGGACAAGGCUGUGUCACUGUUACCUGAUCCAGAGCUCCUUACCGGGCGACUCAGAACUAAAUAUUGUACAGUAAUAAGGGUAAACCUCAGUUUACAAAAAGGACUUUGGCAAUGGAUUAUCCCAUCUGUCCUGUUCCUGAUUCUACACACAGUACAGUCUGGUGGAGUGAAAACAUUCUGCUUCAUUCUGAUGAGCCUCUCUGUCCAUUUGUCUGUGUCUGUGACAGUUCACUUUGGCUGGUCUGUAA